CUUUGCUAACACUGCGAGGUGAAAAACAUUGUCUCUAACUGCCUGACAGUCAUUUAAACCGCAGUUUUUAAAAAUGAUUGUUGAAUGAAAUUCACUGCCAUUCAGUUCAUAAUCGUAUGAAAUUACCAUAAAACGCGCAUCUGAACAAAACGUGGCCGCUGCAAAUUCUGCAUGAACCGAGUCGUUUCAGGUGAAGAGUUGGGACAGUUUCAAAGUUGCUCAGAAAUCAAAUUCUGGUCAAUAUUUACAAAAGCAGGUUAGUGAUUAACUGUCCUCGGUUGCAGCAGCUGCACAGAGUCCCAGCACACAGGGAGCGACUCGCUCACUCGGUCCGCUUCACAAUGCUGUGCGUCCGGGCAUGGAGAGCUCUGAGUCCCCUGCGCAGAGGAGGUCACUUGUCAGCAUGGACACGAACCCAGAGCUACACAGCAGCUGCCAGGCUCGACCUCAGUGGGAUUUAUCCGCCUAUUGCCACUCCGUUUACCGCCAAGGAGGACGUGGACUACCAGAAACUGGCGGAAAACCUGCAGAAAUAUGCCAAGAUACCAUUCAAAGGUCUGGUGGUUCAGGGCUCCAACGGUGAGUAUCCGUACCUGACAGAGGAGGAGCAGGUGGAGGUGGUGAGGACGGUCAGGCGAUCACUGCCGGCGAACAAACUACUGAUGGCCGGAUCAGGCUGUGAAUCCACGAGAGCCACAGUCCAGCUCACAGAGAAGAUGGCGGCAGCCGGAGCUGACGCCGUCCUCGUGGUAACGCCCUGCUUCUACAAGGGCAAGAUGGACAGCCGCGCUCUGAUCCAGCACUUCGCAAAGGUGGCGGACAGCAGCCCGGUGCCGGUGGUUCUGUACAACGUGCCGGCCAACACAGGGCUGGAGCUGCCGCUGGACGCUGUGGCGCUGCUGUCUCAGCACCCAAACAUCCUGGGCCUUAAAGACAGCGGAGGCGAUAUCACACGGAUCAGCCUGAUUGUUCACAAAACCCAAACGCAGGAUUUCCAGGUGUUGGCGGGCUCAGCAGGGUUUCUUAUGGCCGCCUAUUGUGUUGGUGCGGUUGGCGGAGUGUGUGCGCUGGCUAACGUGCUGGGCCAAGAGCUGUGUGAGUUGGAGCGUCUGUGUGUUUCCGGUCGCUGGGAGGAAGCCAGAGUUCUGCAGCAGCGCCUCAUCGAGCCCAACGCCGCCGUGACCAGGAAGUUGGGAGUUCCCGCCCUCAAGCAGGCAAUGGAGUGGUUUGGUUUCCACGGUGGCACCUGUCGAUCACCUCUUCAGCCGCUCACAGAGGCAGAGACUCAGCAGCUGAGACGGGACUUCUCCUCCAACGGCUGGCUGUGAGGUGACCCGGGCAGAGUGUGUGUGUGCGCGCGUGUGUGUGUGUGUCUUCACUUCACCUGGAAACCUUCUAGCUGUUCAGUCCUUAGACCUGUCAGUGUGAUAGGGCACGGAGGGGGAACACGGCAAGAAAAUAAAUCUGUUGCUGGGUCACGGCCCACCAUAAACAUAUCAAAAACCUAAUCAACUUAUUCAAUUUAGAUUAAAUAAAUGUAAAUUCUCUUCAUUGCAAUGCAGUGCAAAAUGUAUUACAUUAUAUUAUAAGCAUAUAGGUCUGUUCCAGAAUCAUUUACGUCCAUGGUUUUUAGAAGUGUCACAAAAAAAAGCCUCAAUCGGAAAUGUAAACAAAUGAUUGUAAUGAUUGUAAUUUAGAUCCUUGGUUUACUAAAACCAUUUACAGACUGGAUGAUGGAUCAAUCAGGUCACAACAUAUCCAUAUACAAAUAGGUCAUAUCCGACUGGGCAUUGGUUACUUCUACUAAAAAACGUCAUAGCCAACUGUUAAAAACUAUAGAAUCUGAAAAACAACUUCCCUGCACUCUCCUCAUGUCAUUUUUAAAUGAAGUUAUCAUUCAUUCUGUUUACUUUACACUAAAAGAAAUCAGUCAUGCCAUCAAGUUGCUUCUCUGCUGCACCUCAGUAGUACAGUCAUAGAAAUUCAGUAAACUGUAAAGUUACAGAAAUAUUAUGGAGGAAAUGUUGUUUGUGCACAUGUUUCGACAAUAAAACUGCAUUUCACUUAAA